CGUACAGUCCGUGGACCCCAUGACCAGCAGGCGUCCUUUCCUCUUGUCGUCUUUUGGAGGUUUGGAGGUUAGGUAUAAGUAGAGGCAAGUAGCCGCAGGUUGUUCUUUUGUCUUUGUUCCGCAUUCAAUUUGAACAACAUCGUUCACAACAUCAUCAAACAUCAUACCACAAGCAUUUGUUCAUGUGCAAUACUCCAGGAUUCAGAUUCCCGCCAAACGUACAGUUUCAGCAACACCCCAGCAGCAGAACAUCCAGCAAUAUGAACUCCAACGUCGGAAACGCCCAGGUCUACGAGGCCGGUGACCAGCGCAAUGCGAAGCAGUCCGAGAUCGAGACCCCCGACCGCUACAACGAGGGCCAGGUCCACGCCCACAAUAACAUCGACUCUAAGGACGAGAGGUCAAUCAAGAACCGUCUGGCCGCAGCAGAGGCCGCCGACGACUCGCAACAGGACAGCAGAGAGACACAGUUGCACAAGAAGGACCCAACACUCCCCGCAAAGGACCACGGCAACGAGCCAUCCCGAGGUGCCAAGAUCGACGCACAGAUCCAAGCAGAAGAGGAGGAGAUCCUAAAGAAGAAGGGCGCGAGCUUGCCGGGACAAAAGUAAUGGAAGAAAAGGGGGAGAAAAAUGAUUAUUGUUUGCUUUGGAAU